GUUUCGAAAGCAUCACCCGGCCCAAAAAGCCCCGAGGGCACUAGAUCCGCUGUCCGCGUCGCAGAUGAUGGGUCCUCCCUUCGAAUCAAAUACGUCAAAUGACCCGUCACUUUUCCCCUUGCUCGGCACGUGACAUCGUCGUCUACCUGAGUUUCAAAUACGUGUUUUCUUCACAACACAUUGUAGAAAGUUCUGUUCUCCGUUUGCGGGCAGCGCCUAACCAUUUUCACACCCAGCUAACAAUUUUCAUUACGCAUUACGUUUUCAGAUGGCACCGCCGGCUCUGAUCUGCGAAACCGAGCCGUGGAAGGAUUUGAAGGCCCAUGUAGAGGACAUUGAGAAGACUCAUCUGCGUGAAUUGAUGGGUGACGCAGACCGAUGCCAGUCCAUGAUGGUUGAGUUCGACAGGGUACUGUUGGAUUAUUCGAGGCAACGUGUAACUCUUGACACGUUGAGUAAGUUAAAAAAAUUAGCAGAGGCAGCUCAUUUGAAAGAGAAGAUUGAUCGGAUGUUCAAGGGAGAGCGUAUUAACAGUACAGAGAAUAGAUCUGUCCUUCAUGUAGCACUUCGUGCUCCAAGGGAUUCAGUCAUAAAUAAUGAUGGGAAGAAUGUGGUCCCGGAUGUUUGGCAAGUUCUUGAUAAAAUCAAAGAUUUCUCUGAUAGGGUCCGCAGUGGUGCCUGGGUUGGAGUCACUGGGAAAUUGUUGGAAAAUGUUAUUGCAGUUGGAAUUGGAGGCAGUUUCCUAGGUCCUCUCUUUGUACAUACAGCACUUCAAACAGACCCAGAAGCUGCUGAAUUUGCUAGGGGGCGCCAGUUGCGAUUCCUUGCAAAUGUCGAUCCAGUUGAUGUUGCGAAGAACAUUGCUGGGUUAAAUCCUGAAACAACAUUAGUUGUGGUGGUAUCAAAAACUUUUACUACUGCCGAAACCAUGCUGAAUGCCCGGACUCUAAGGGAGUGGAUCUCAGCUGCCUUGGGGCCUGAAGCUGUGGCAAAGCACAUGGUUGCUGUCAGCACUAAUCUCACGCUAGUUGAAAAGUUUGGUAUUGACCCAAAAAAUGCAUUUGCCUUCUGGGAUUGGGUUGGAGGGCGCUAUAGCGUUUGCAGCGCUGUUGGAGUAUUGCCUCUUUCUUUGCAAUAUGGAUUUGAAGUUGUUGAGAAGUUCCUAAAAGGAGCUUCGAGCAUCGAUCAACAUUUCCGGUCUGAGCCUUUGGAGAAAAACUUACCUGUGCUACUAGGCUUAUUGAGUGUUUGGAAUGUGUCAUUCCUUGGAUAUCCUGCUAGAGUUAGCAUGGAGAGUAAUGGAAAAGGGGUAUCAAUUGAUGGUGUUCCCCUUCCCUAUGAAGCUGGUGAGAUUGAUUUUGGUGAACCAGGAACAAAUGGACAGCACAGCUUUUAUCAACUAAUUCACCAGGGUCGAGUUAUUCCGUGUGAUUUUAUUGGUGUGGUAAAGAGUCAGCAACCUGUCUACCUGAAAGGUGAAUUGGUCAGUAACCAUGAUGAGCUUAUGUCAAACUUCUUUGCUCAACCUGAUGCACUUGCUUAUGGGAAGACUCCAGAACAGUUGUUAAAAGAGAAUGUUCCUGACCAUCUUGUUGCUCACAAAACUUUCUCCGGAAACCGGCCAUCUGUUAGCCUUCUGCUUCCUUCAUUGAAUGCUUACAACGUUGGACAGCUGCUGGCAAUUUACGAGCACAGAAUUGCUGUAGAAGGGUUCAUCUGGGGCAUCAAUUCUUUUGACCAAUGGGGAGUAGAAUUGGGAAAGUCACUGGCUACGCAAGUCAGAAAACAGCUUCAUGCAUCUCGUAAGAAAGGUGACCCGGUUGAAGGCUUCAAUUUCAGUACUACAACACUUCUAACAAGAUAUCUAGAGGCAAAUGCAGACAUUCCAAAGGAGGACUGCACAAUUUUACCAAAGAUGCUGCUUUCUAGUCACAGAAUAAUAAUAGCAGCUAAACGAGUUUUUGCUGAUGGCUGUGGUUUGUAUUACUCAAUAGCCGAAUUUUCGUUUCUCAUGACUGAUUUCCUGCUAAGUGCUGAACUUGUUAACAGCUACGGUUUUGUUCUCUGA